GAGCGGAGAAUGGCCGCGGGGAACCACUCUCCGGUGACGGAGUUUAUCCUGGCGGGGCUGACAGAGCGUCCAGAUCUGCAACUCCCGCUCUUCUUCCUGUUCCUGGGCAUCUUCGUGGUCACAGCGGCAGGGAACCUGGGCCUGAUCACCUUAAUCAGGCUGAGCACUCUGCUCCACACCCCCAUGUACUUCUUCCUCACCAACCUGUCCUUCAUCGAUCUCUGCUACUCCUCCGUCAUCACCCCCAAGAUGCUGGCGGGCUUCGUGGAGGGGACCAACUUCAUCUCCUAUCCCGCCUGCAUGUCCCAACUCUACUUCUUCCUCAUCUUCGUCAUUGCCGAGGGCUUCAUGCUGGCCGUCAUGGCCUAUGACCGUUACGUAGCCAUCUGCCACCCUCUGCUCUACUGCACCAUCAUGUCCCCUCGGUCCUGCUCUGUGCUAGUGGCUGGCGUCUACAGCACGGGCUCUCUUUGUGCAGCUGUCCACACCGCCUGUAUGCUGAGGUUGUCCUUCUGUAGAAAGAACAUCAUAAAUCACUAUUUCUGCGACAUCAGCCCCCUCCUCACCCUCUCCUGCUCCCGCACUGACAUUAAUGAACUGGUGGUCUUUGCCAGCGGGGGUUUCAACAUGGUGGCCACCAGCGUGGGCAUCCUCAGUUCUUACGUCCGCAUUCUCACCUGUGUCCUGCACAUCGGCUCUGGCCGAGGCAGGGCCAAGGCCCUGGGCACCUGCAGUUCCCACAUCAUGGCCGUCGUCCUUUUCUUUGGGUCUGGGGGGUUCACAUAUCUGAAGCCUUCUUCAGGAGAGUCUCCGGGUGAGGGGAGAGUGUGCUCCUUGUUUUAUACCACUGCAGUCCCCAUGCUCAACCCCCUGAUCUACAGCCUAAGGAAUCAAAAUGUCCGAGACGCCCUCAGGAAAAUCUUGAGGAGGAACGUCUUUUCGGGGUUGGAUCGCUACUAG